UCUUAUUAAUGCAAAGAGUCCAACAUAUCAGUGCUUAGGUUAACAAUUGUACACCUGUUCCAGCAAGAUGUGAUAAUGAUGUUGUCAUUUGUGGUGCUGUUAGAACUCCAUUAACAAAAGCCAAGAGAGGAUUAUUGAGAGAUACUCCUCCUGAAAUUCUUCUUAGUACUGCCUUUACAGGUCUUUUAUAAAGAACAAAAGUUGAUCCAAAAUUGAUCUAAGACAUUGUAGUUGGUAAUGUUAAUCAACCAGGAAGUGGUGCCAUAGUUUCUAAAAUGGCUGCCUUUUUAUCUGGAUUCCCAGAUACAACAUGUUUAACAGCAAUUAAUAGAUUCUGUUCAUCAGGAAUAGAAGCUUGUGCUGUAAUAGCUGCCAAAAUUAGAUCUGGAAUGUUGGAUAUUGGUAUUGGAGCUGGUGUUGAAUAAAUGACUAUGUAUGAUAUGUAGAGCUAAAUGAAUGCUGAAUUACUAAGUGAUGCAAUCUUUGAUCAUCCAUGUGCAAGAGAUUGCUUAUUGGGUAUGGGAUAAACAUCUGAGAAUGUUGCAGCUCAAUUUGGAGUCACAAGAUUAUAAUAAGAUUAAUUUGCUUAUGAAUCCUAAUAAAAGGCAUAUAAAGCACAAUAAGAAGGAUUAUUCAAAGAUGAAAUUAUCCCUGUCAAAACCUUUAUUAAAGAUGGUGAAAAAACUAAAGAGGUUCUUGUUACAGAAGAUGAUGGAAUUAGAAAGGAGACUACUCUUGAAGGAUUAGGUAAAUUAAAGCCUGCUUUUGGAAAGGAAGGAUCAACAACAGCUGGUAAUUCUUCUUAAGUAACUGAUGGUGCUGCUGCUGUUCUUUUAGCUAGAAGAUCUUAUGCUUAAAAAUUGGGUUUACCAAUCUUAGCUAGAUUUAUUGAUUACACUGUUGCUGGUGUACCACCCAACAUCAUGGGUAUUGGACCAGCUGCUGCUAUUCCAUAAUUAUUAUAAAAAAAUUCGUUGAAACCAAAUGACAUCUGCAUAUAUGAAAUUAAUGAAGCUUUUGCCAGUCAAUCUGUUUAUAGUGUAUAAAAGGUUGGAAUUGAUCCAACUAGAGUAAAUCCAAAAGGAGGUGCUAUUGCUUUAGGACAUCCAUUAGGUAAAUAAAUUAUUUAUAAACUUAGGAUGUACUGGUGCUAGAUAAGUAGCCACUUUAUUACCAGAAAUGAAGAGAAAGAAGGCUAAAUAUGGUGUCAUUUCAAUGUGUAUUGCUACUGGUAUGGGUGCUGCUGCAUUGAUUGAAAAUGAAUAAUAAUGAGUUUAUUGUACAAAAUAAAUAAAGAAUAUAUAUAUAGAU